UGGGUCCGGUCCACAGCGAGCGAGCCUGGCUGGCGAGCAGCAGCAGCGCAGUCAGUGCAUUGGCUGCCGCCGUCGGCCGAGGGCCAGACCCGUCGUUCGUGGGCCGCGCCGGACAGCAAGCAGGGCGACCGACUGGGGCCCGCGACAUGGCCGCGGCGUGUCGCGCGUGACCCCGCAGUGAUGGUGACUUAGGACACACGACAGCAGCAGCAGCAGCAGACCCACGCACGCACACGAUUAUAGUGUUAACGACCAGCAGCGGCCGCCGCUCCUCUGACGCACUAGACGGCGGCCAGCAACAGCCACCAGCAGGCAUGCAGAACCAGACGGCGGCGGCGGCCACGGCGCAGGCCACGCCGGCCACCGGCGUGCAAGCGCCUAAAGGCAUCAACGGCGGACGCUUCGACUUCGAUGACGGCGGCACCUACUGCGGUGGCUGGGAGGACGGCAAGGCGCACGGCCACGGCGUCUGCACCGGCCCCAAGGGCCAGGGUGCCUACUCCGGCUCCUGGCACUUCGGCUUCGAGGUCUCCGGAGUGUAUAUGUGGCCCAGCGGCAGCACAUUCGAAGGCCAAUGGCAGAACGGCAAACGACACGGUUUGGGAGUAGAGACUCGGGGGCGGUGGUUGUACCGGGGCGAGUGGACGCAGGGCUUCAAGGGUCGCUACGGUGUGCGGCAGUCGGCCACUUCGAACGCCAAAUAUGAGGGCACCUGGGCCAAUGGACUGCAGGACGGCUAUGGCUCAGAGACCUACGCGGACGGUGGUACCUUCCAGGGCCAGUGGUUGCGUGGCAUGCGGCACGGGUACGGCGUGCGGGCGAGCGCCCCCUUCGGCCUCGCCUCGCACUACCGGCCCACCAAGCAGCUCAGGGCGUCGAUGACCUCGCUUCGAAGCGACUCGGGCGCCGGCGGUGGCGCCGCCGACCCUGCCGCCGAACGAGACCGACGGGUCGACGACUCGAGAGGCGGUUUCGUGCUCAAAGCCAGGAGUGACGACCCGCCCGUCAGAAGAAGAUCCCUCGUCGAGUCGUCCAAGAACUUGAAAAAGUCCAUUCUACAGGGUCUGAAAAUGAGGAAGCAGAGGUCAACCGGCGACCUGGAGAAGCGGGGCACCUCGGCCAGUUUGAGAUCAACAGGCUCGAGUGCCUCCUGGGUGAGCACGGACUCGGCCCACUCGGCGGUUACUGCUGGUUCGGUACAUACAGACUCGAAUGCGAGCUUUGUAGUAGAGGACGAGCAAAUGGACACGAACGUUACUGAAACGUACAUGGGCGAGUGGAAGAACGACAAGCGCAGCGGGUUCGGCAUCAGCGAGCGCUCGGACGGGCUCAAGUACGAGGGCGAGUGGUUCAACAACAAGAAGUACGGCUAUGGCGUGACCACCCUGAAGGACGGCUCCAGGGAGGAGGGCAAGUACAAGAACAACGUGCUCAUCACCUCGCACAAAAAGAAGCACCUCUUCCUCAUCCGCUCGGCCAAGUUCCGCGAGCGCAUCGACGCGGCAGUCAACGCCGCGCAGAGGGCGUCCAAGAUCGCCCUCCAAAAAGCAGACAUUGCCAUUUCGAGGACUGCGACAGCUAGAGGAAAGGCUGAACUUGCGGACAUGGCCGCAGAACACGCCAGAGAAGACUCAGACAUUGCCAGAGCGACGGCCAAACAGUUUGCCCCUGACUUCCAGCAGCCAGGGUUGGACAAACUGCGGCAGCUGCCGAAGUACCGGCCGACGAUCGAGCCGAUCCCGACCAAAGCGCAGCUGCAGCAGCAGAUGCAGUUGCAGGAGCAGCAGCAGGAGCUGCAGGCGAAAGUGGCGUCGGCGGUUCCAGCUACGUUGCAGGCGCCGCAGCACCAGGCGACACCGCCGCGGCCCGUGCCCUCGGCUGCGGCGCCUCCACCGCCGGCCGCCUACCAGCCGCAGUACACACCGCAACCGCCAGCGCCACCGCGUGCGCCGUCGAUACCACCGGAAGCGGCGGCGUACAAGCCGGUCGGCCUGGAGAACGGCGAGCUGGGCCCGGCCAAGGCGUCGUUGGCGCCGGCCGUCGGCCUUCGGCGAGGCGGCACGGCCCGCGAGGUGGCCGGUGGGGGUGGCGGCGGUGGUCCCGGCGGCGACAACCCGGCCUACAGUUUCCAGCAAGCGAUGAGUGAUCACUUCGACCAUUACAAGCGCGCGCCGAGUAGAGACAGUUCCGUGGACCGGUACACCAGGGCGACCCGGAUGUCGCGGCAGCCGUCGGCCGAGGCGCCGUCGAUCGCGGCGGCCGCCUCACUGGCAGCCGCCGCCGGCGCCACCGCAGGCAGUGCCACCCCGCUGCGGGGCCGCACCCCAUUUGGCCGCGAGGGCAGCGUCGAGCCCUCGAACAAGCGUGUGUUAAUGUCGCAGGCCUCGACUGAAAAGGUGCCCCCGCCCCCGCAGCCGAGCAACGGCUCAGUGAUCGGUGGUGACCAGUUUGGCGUGCAGCCGCCCUUCGAGGACAUCAUCAUGAAGAAGAAAUCGCUCGGCCAGGACAUCAUCCCCUCGCUGGCCAACCCCAAGCGUACCGAGAGCUUGUUCGUCAACGUCAACAGGAAAGAGCCGCCCGUCAAGAAUAUUCCUGUAGCAACGCCUGUGCAACGCAAAAAGUCCCUUCCUGAUGUGCAGACGUUACCCCGCCACGCGGAGCCUAUGUCCAGAGAGGAGGCCUCGGUUCUUAGCUCGAUGCAACGAGAAACUGUCAGGAGACGCAUGGAGGAGGACGAAAAAUUGAAGGCGAAUCCCCUUCUUUGGCUAGUCAGUCCGCACGUUAAGGACUGGUUUUCACGUCAGCAGUUGGUGUUUUUGGUUCUAUUCAUCAACAUCUCGCUGGCCAUCAUGUUCUUCAAGCUGCUGACAUAAUAAGAGCGGCCGCAACCGCUCGAGGUAGAGAAAAGAACCGCAUUCCGCCCGAAGAGAACCCCGUGUCGCUAGCAUCGGGUGAAUCAGUUGGAACAGAACUCUUGUUGUUUGAUAUUGUAAUAUGCAAUUGAAAAAGAAAGCAGUAUGCAACCUGCGGUCCAGCAGCUCCGGUCGGCUGAUUUGCCGGAAGAAAAAAUCUUUCGGCAAAUAAGCACAAAGCAGAAGCCUCGGAGAGACGAAAUAUAUGAAAACUGGACUGAUAAAGACACAUCACUCUCCUGAUAGAUUUUGUUACUUGAUUGAUGAAUUGAGAAGAAACAGCUUUUGACACAAAAACAAGAUGAUGAGUUAAAUCUUAGUCACGAGUCGACCUUUUAUUGUUUGUAGCGCACUCCGUGUGUGAGCAUCCCGUGUGAAUCACGCAUCAUGUAUGGUAAACUUUACUUUUUGUCGACUCGCUCUCGACGGUCUCACGAGAAUCUGGCAAACUGCAGUGAUUUUUCCUUUAAUCGUACACUCUAUGUAGACUGUAGAGUAAAAUAGGAAAACUGUUGUUGACUAGUGUUGCAGUUUCUGGAAAAUUGCCGCGAGGAAAGUAGUGUUGAUUUUUACUGUUAGCGCGUCAGCGAUUUCUCUCUGGAGCGAGUCGCCGCACUAUUACAUUAAUGGGCCACUUGUUUGAACCUGCUGGAAUAUAUCGCGUCCAAAACGUUCAAGCCGGCGGAUCAUUGGUUCUCUCUUUAACGUCCCUCGUAGUGUUUUCUCACUUAAUUGUUAGUAGCAUUUUUUCUAAUUGGCACAAGUUUUUUAUUGUAAACUCAUGUUUGCGUUAGAAUGGAUGUGUGAUUAUCGAGAAGAUUAAUAUUUUAUGGCUGUGCAAGUUACACUCUCUCCCGAAUCCAGAGCUGGAUAUAUAUAUUGUGUUUAACAGCGAACGCACGCGAGUUCUUUAAAGUGUGGAAAACAGAACGGUGCGCAUACAAUACUUUUCAUAUCAUGAAAACCAAACUCAUUGUCAGAUAAACAAACACGCAGCAUGCUGACUUGAACAAAACAAAAACAAAAAUGCAAAACAGAAGAGUUCCACUUUGGCCCGAGGUUUCCUGUGUAUAAAUUGUUUCCAAAUUUGCGUGCCUUCUUAUAUUGUGGAUAAAAUUAUCGCUGGGGAUCUUUUUUGUAUUAUAUUCUGUGAAAUGGGACCUAAAAGUCUAACCGAGUGCGCGAAGAAGUGAGAGUUGAUCGAUUUAAAAUAUAAUAUAUAACUGAGACGACAAAAGCAGUGACGAAAAACCACAUCUACACACUCAUCUUUCCAUUAAAGGCUGCAUUUUGCACAAAAAUUUGUACACACACAAGUACGCAUCUAUAUAAGAUUAAUAAUACAUAGUGAGCACACAAUUACACACACCUGACGCUGAGAGUCGGAAGGGAUAUUCUGCUUCUUCUUCAAACCACUGACAAUAUAUAAGUGGAAAACAAAUUUGAAAUAAAAUCGUGAGAGAUAAUAAGAAACAGACAAAGUUUGUUUCUUUAGAAGAGAUCGAGUUGUUAGUCCCAGAAGAGUAGAAGUGAGAGUAUUUCUAGAUUGGCUUUCUCGUGUAUAAAAUUUAUUGAGAAACUUUGAAAAGGCUCAGAAUUUUCAACCCGAACUGAAGCUCGGACAGUGUAUAAAAAGAAACACACACAAACACGCGCGCACAAAACGCUGCAAAAGUUGAACUUUGCUGGGCGGACGAGCAAAUCUUUGUGAACAAACUUGAAUCAUUGGCUUUUGUGGACUUUCACUCCAUGACGGCGAUUUCAAAGCUGGACUGAUUUAUUCUACUACAAAAAAUACAUACUUGAAAAGAAUUAUAUGAUGCUUGUGACUCGGACCGUUUGCGCCCAAAAAUCCAGGUCCCGCUUGUUCCAAAUUAUUGUUGCGUGGCGCGAACCACCUGGGCUAGCUAGCUAGCUUGACAUUGCCUUUUUCAACUAUACAUUGAACAUUUGAUUGAGACAUGACACGAUAAAUAUAUAUGUAAAACGUACACAUAUUUAAACAGGGAGACACAAGAAAACGCGCAAGCAGAAGGAACUGUAAAAAUUGUACAUGUAUAUCUCGAAAAGAUGGAAAGAAAGCAGUCUAUUUGUAUAAUUAACUGACAGACGCAUGCCCGUGUAAAUAAUUAUUUAAUACAUAUAAUGUUAUAUAUUACGAGAUAUGAUUAACUGUAAUUGUAAAAUAAUUGAUUGUAUAUGCACUGAUUGAUUGUCCGUCAAUUUUCUAAAAGGCUUCUGGAGCAUCAACAACUGAUGAGUCUAUAUUGGUAUAAUUAAGGAAUUAUAAAAAAAAUGAGAAACGACAGUGAUACUGUUUUAACAAACAUACAAGUGCCAAGUAGAACGCAGCUGCAGACGUUACUCACGUUAUCAUUUCCCAAAGCAGUUUUCAUCCGAAAUAGCAGGCCAGUGGUUGAUUUGAUGACUCGCGCACGCUGUGGUGUUGGACAAGACCGCUCAAAAACACUUGAAUUUUGUGCAGCUAGUUUUUCGACUAGAAAAAAUAUGCUUUUGAACAACACGAAUCAGAGUUUUAGUAAGAAAGCUGGAGGCUGAAAACCUCAAUAAGAAAGUGAAUUUUACGGGUUUGGCAGGGCAAAGAAAAUAGCAAUUAUUACUAUGUCUCUUUUACAGUUGUUCUUUUUUCACCUCUUCAACAACAGACAACGAGCCAAUUGCUAUUUUUUUAGUCCUAACCGAAAAUUCGUCAACUCAGAUUUGAAUUGUUGAAAAGCAAGUUUUCAUUGCCAUACAAAAUAUUCAAGUUUUGUGCAAGUCUUGCCCAUGAAGGUCGUUUUUCAGUUUUUCACAGGUAGUAAGGCAGCUCGGCAUCUUGCCGUAGCAGUUUUCUUAUAAAAUAUUCUUUGGUACCACUUUUUUGUAAAGCGACCCAUAACUGUCCAUAUUAUAAUACACCCAAACUGUGUUGGCAUCAUUUUACUGUAUUGCUAAACCCAUUAAUUUACCAUUCCUCAUUUUUGUUCUAUCUACGACGAAACGGAAUUUGGUUGUCUUUUAAGUGUAUAUAUGAUCUGGCUGAUUGAAGAGGAAUGCUAACCAAUGUAUAGAAAUUUUGUAAGGACUCUCUUUUUAAAUUUUAAUCUCCCCGUGAACGCCUUCCUUCGAGUAAGAGUAAGCAAACUAAGAAUUAAAAAACGACAGCACACAUGUACAGCACAAGACCACCUAAAUUUUAAUAAUCCAGUCGGAAUGUUUCCCUCAAAAUCAUUUUCAGAUCCCGCACGCUCGAAUUUCUAGAAAAAUGAAAUGCAAAUCACAAAAAUAUACUGAUCGAGUUUUUGUAUUAAGCCUUUCUAGCAAUCUACGACAAAAUCUUAAAAAAAACUUCAACAAAAACGAUUUUUACACAUGGGUUUGUGUAAUGUUUCUGUAUCUAUAAUAUCUUCAUUUCAUGUUUGGGCCAAUGUUAUCUAGAAACUUCUUGCAUAGUUUACAGGCCAAGAUGCAACUUUGUUAAAUACUUCAUUUAUUAAAUUACAUCUGAUUGAUUGAAUAAUAAAAAACAAAA